AUGCCCGAGCCCAUCCCCACUCCGGCCGCUCCGGCCCCGACCCUCUCUCUUGAAAAGGUGUUUGCCAGGCUCGAGCUCGGCACCGUCGGGUCCGAAGUGGCCGGCAUCUUUGACGGCGAGUGGAAAAACGGAGCCGGCUCUGAUGUCCUCACGAGCCGUAACCCCGCCGACGGCUCCACCCUCGCCACAGUAAAGAGCGCCACCGCCGACCAGGUCAAGCAGGUGAUUGCCGCGUCCAAGAAGGCCCAGCGCGAGUUUGCCAAGGUGCCCGCACCCAAGCGUGGCCAGAUCAUGAGGGAUCUCUGCGAUGAGUACAUGCGCCGCAAAGAUGCCCUCGGCGCCCUCAUCUCCUACGAGAUGGGCAAGGUCCUCACCGAGGGCAAGGGCGAGGUGCAGGAGGUUAUCGACGUGGCCGACAUUGCUGUCGGCCUAUCUAGGAGCAUCAAGGGCAACGUGCUGCCAUCAGAGAGGCCCGGCCACGUCAUCUACGAGAUUCCCAACCCGCUCGGGCUCGUUGGCAUCAUCACUGCCUUCAACUUCCCCGUCGCAGUGCACGGCUGGAAUUUCUGCCUCUCGUUCAUCGCAGGCAAUGCCAACAUCUGGAAGCCCUCGCCUACCACCCCUCUCACCGCGAUUGCGACGACCAAGCUGAUCGUCUCUGUGCUCGAGAGGCACAACCUGCCCCUCGCGCUUGCUUCGCUCGUCUGCGGCGAUGUUGAGACGGGGCAAGCGCUUACGCGCGAUGAGCGCGUUCAGAUGGUUUCCUUCACAGGCUCAGAAAAAAUCGGCAAGGUGGUGGCGCAGGAUGUGGCUGGACGACUGGGCAAGACUCUCCUCGAGCUCGGAGGCAAUAAUGCUGCCAUCGUCUUUGAAGACGCGGACCUCUCGAUCGCAGUCCCUGGCGUGGCGUUUGCUGCCAUCGGGACCGCAGGCCAGCGCUGCACCUCGACCCGUCGACUCCUCCUCCAUUCCAAGAUUGCAGACCAGUUCCUCGACCGCCUGGUCAAGGUCUAUCAGGGCGUGAGGGACAAGAACCUCAUCGGCGACCCGAUCCAAGACGGCAUCAUGUGCGGACCUCUGCACUCUUCUGCAGCCGUCGAGAAGUACUGGCAGACUAUCGAGAAGAUCCAGGCCACCGGCGGCAAGGUCAUCUUCGGCCCAACUUCUCGUCAAGAGGGUGCCUCCGUCACCGCCAGCGGCAAGGGCGGAGGAAAUUACGUGAUCCCCACCAUCUGCCAACCUGCUUCCUCGACCGACCAAGUCUUCCAGGAAGAGGUCUUUGCGCCCAUCCUAAAUGUCGCCAUCUUCGACACACUGGAGGAGGCCAUUGAGCUGAACAACGGCGUUCCCCAAGGCCUCUCCUCGUCUCUGUUCACGCGCUCCCUCGAGAAUGUCGGCAUCUGGCAGGGAAGCCUCGGAUCCGACUGCGGCAUCGUCAAUGUCAACGUCUCCACGAGUGGCGCAGAGGUCGGUGCUGCCUUCGGCGGCAACAAAAGCACCGGCUGGGGUCGCGAGUGCGGAGGAGACAGCUGGAAGCAGUACUCGCGAUGGGCGACGUCCACCGUCAACAGCUCAAACCAGAUGACCUUGGCUCAGGGCGUCAAAUUCGAUGCAUAG